AUGGGUCCGUUAGGGAGAGGCAUCGUUCCGAAAUUUGGGCUCUUACUUUGGAUGAUAUGGAAGGAUCGUGCUCAACAUGUCUUUCAGGAUAUUGAGUUUAGCUUGCACCAUGUUUUCACGGCGGCUCUGCGACUGCAACUAGAUCAUCACCAUAGUCGCGCCUCUAAUCGCUCCCUGUCGGUUUCUAGGCAGCGUGGGUACCAGAUUCUGCAAGUUUGUUGGAGUCCCCCUCCCCCUCACUGGGUGAAGUGCAACAGUGAUGGGUCUGUCUGUGGUGCAAUGCGUGAAGCUACGUGUGGGGGGGGGGUCUGUAGAGAUGAGUUUGGCCAAUGGGUCUUUGGUUUCUGCUACAAUAUUGGCACCUCUACUGUCUUAUGGGCUGAGCUUUGGGAAUAG